AAUAUUUGAAAUUGUAGAAGGACCCUUGUAAAAUACGGAAAUUAAAAGUUCACCUAAAAAAACCCCACCAAAAGAGGUCAAGGUCAUCCACUGAUCCGCAAAACCUGCUCUGUCAGUCUCUCGCUCUUCUUUCUAAGGUAAGCGGCGGGAGAAGCCAAGGUCAGUACCCUCGCGUCUUUGUAGUCAACCGAUAACACGUUCAUUUCAUACUUUAUUUUGCUCUUAUCAAAGCUAAGAUUUUGAUGGCGUCAAAACUGCUGCAGUUGCAAUCUAAGGCUUCUGAAGCUUCGAAGUUUGUAGCCAAGAACGGAUCUGCUUACUAUAAGCAGUUGUUGGAACAGAACAAGCAAUACAUUCAGGAACCAUCCACAGUGGAGAAGUGCAACGAGUUGUCUAAGCAGCUGUUUUACACUCGCCUUGCUAGUAUCCCUGGUCGUACGGAGUCAUUCUGGAAGGAGCUUGAUUAUGUGAAGAAUCUGUGGAAGAAUAGGCAAGAACUGAAGGUUGAAAAUGCUGGUAUUGCUGCUUUGUUUGGACUGGAGUGCUUUGCAUGGUUUUGUGCGGGUGAGAUAGUGGGAAGGGGUUUUACUUUUACUGGCUACUAUGUCUGAGGGUGAUCUUCUGGCGGACGGUAUUUCAUGGAGUUGGAAGUGUAUGCUCUUCUGGAUGCAUAUUUUUUGUUGUUUUCAUGAAAAUUUUGAAGCUGAGAAAUCAGUGGUUAAUAUGGUAGCUAAAUAAUUUAUAUAGUUAAAAUGGCGUAGGUUUGUUUGUAAGCCUUGCUAUGAACUAUACGCAAGAUUGAUGAUAAUUGUGCAAAUUACUCACAAA